GGUUUGGCUUGGUGUGAUUUCAAACAAACAACAGGUCAGUCCAGCUUUGGAAGGGCAAAGACUAGAAAGCUCCGACCAGAAGCAGCGUAGACAAAACCGUAUAGAAAGGCAGGUCUUCUUUCUGUCUCCUCCACAAUACCCUAUUUGAAGCCGCUUUUCAGACUCUCUCUCUCUCUCUCUCUCUGAGAUCGUUUUCCAAUUCCAUAUCCGUACGAUGCCUUCCCGAAGAAGAACGCUCUUGAAGGUCAUCAUCCUCGGUGACAGCGGGGUGGGGAAGACCUCUUUGAUGAAUCAAUAUGUAAAUAAGAAGUUUAGUAACCAAUACAAGGCAACGAUUGGAGCCGACUUUUUGACCAAAGAGGUGCAGUUUGAAGAUAGGCUUUUCACCUUGCAGAUUUGGGAUACAGCUGGUCAGGAAAGAUUUCAAAGCCUUGGAGUUGCUUUUUACCGUGGUGCUGAUUGCUGCGUUCUUGUUUACGAUGUGAACUCGAUGAAAUCAUUUGACAACCUUAACAACUGGAGGGAAGAGUUUCUCAUUCAGGCAAGCCCUUCAGACCCAGAAAAUUUCCCAUUUGUUGUUAUAGGAAACAAGAUUGAUGUAGAUGGUGGAAAUAGCAGAGUGGUUUCAGAAAAAAAGGCUCGAGCUUGGUGUGCAUCAAAAGGGAAUAUCCCAUACUUUGAGACUUCUGCCAAGGAGGGUAUCAAUGUGGAAGAAGCUUUCCAAUGCAUAGCAAAGAAUGCUCUCAAGACUGGGGAAGAGGAAGAGAUAUACUUGCCAGACACCAUUGAUGUUGCGACCAACAGUCAGCCAAGGUCAGCCGGAUGCGAGUGCUAAAUAAUGUGCCAGAUUCUUUCCCAGUAAUCAAUAAGUUUUAUCUUUUGAAGUGCUGCAAAAUAUUUUGUCAUUUUAAUUGGUACUGUAUGCUACUAAAUUGUACAUUAGUGUUUGUGGGAAACAAAUUGGUUCCAUUAAUGCUUAUUGGGUUUGAUUGUAAUGUGCCUUCUGUGUAACUACUGUUUGCUUUGAUGAGUUACAUUUGAAUCCUCCCCAUUUCCCUUUA